AACAAACGGAGCAACUGGAAUUCCUCUCGGCCUCUGCUGCUGCUAGUCCUGCUGCCCCCCUGCCAGUGCAGGCCUUCCCACCAGGCCCAGAGAUGCCCCAGCAUGUGGUGGGAGACAAGCGCUUUGCCCCAAUGCCCCAGCUCCUCUUCGGCAGCAUGCCCCUGGCGGUUGAAAAUGGGCUAGACCACAGCCCUCUGGGCAGCAGGGCCUCCCCUGGCUCUGAGAGCGCUGCCACCCUUGGCUCCCUGGACUCCUGCAGCCGGCCCCUGUGCCAACCCCGGGCAGAGAAGCACAGCUGCCAGGCGGCUCCAGAGGUGCAGUACGUUUCAACGGGGCCCCAGGACACAGCAUGUGGCUGGCGGGGCUUUGCGCCCGAGUGUCUGCAGGUCUUCAACACCCCCAAGGGCUUCCUGCUCUUCCUGUGCGCAGCCUCCUUCCUGCAGGGCAUGACGGUGAACGGCUUCAUCAACACCGUCAUCACCUCCAUCGAGCGGCGCUAUGACCUGCACAGCUACCAGAGCGGGCUUAUCGCCAGCUCCUACGACAUUGCGGCCUGCCUCUGCCUUACCUUCGUCAGCUACUACGGGGGCAAUGGACACAAGCCACGCUGGCUGGGCUGGGGCGUGCUGGUCCUGGGCGCCGGCUCGCUGGUGUUUGCGCUGCCCCACUUCAUCUCUGGCCGCUACGAGGUGGAGGUGGACGAGGGGGUGGGGAUGUGCCCAGCCAACCGGAGUGUGGUGUGUGCGGACAGCGUCUCGAGCCUGUCCCACUACCGGCUGGUCUUCAUGCUGGGCCAGUUCCUGCAUGGCGUGGGUGCCACACCGCUCUACACACUGGGUGUCACCUACCUGGACGAGAAUGUCAAGUCCAGCUACUCGCCCGUCUACAUUGCCGUCUUUUACACGGCGGCCAUCCUGGGCCCUGCUGCUGGUUACCUGAUUGGCGGCACCAUGCUGAAUGUCUAUGUGGAACUGGGCCACCGGACGCGCUUGACCCCUGAGAGCCCGCUGUGGGUUGGUGCCUGGUGGAUUGGCUUCCUGGGUGCGGGGGUGACAGCCUUGCUCAUUGCUGUCCCCAUCCUUGGCUACCCCCAGCAGCUGCCAGGCUCCCAGCGCUAUGUCGUCAUGAAAGCAGCAGAGACGCAACAACUGAAAGACCAUGGCCACAGAACAGCAAGCAGCCCGGCCUUCGGGAAGACCGUCCGAGACCUGCCACUCUCCAUCUGGCUGCUCCUGAAGAACCCCACGUUCAUCCUGCUCUGUCUGGCGGGGGCCACCGAGGCCACGCUCAUUGCCAGCAUGUCCACGUUUGGCCCCAAGUUCUUCGAGGCCCAGUUCAGCCUCAGUGCCUCGGAAGCUGCCUCUCUGUUUGGGUACCUGGUUGUGCCGGCGGGCGGUGGUGGCACCCUCCUGGGCGGCUUCCUGGUGAACAGGUUCAAACUCCGAGGCCCAGGGAUUAUCAGGUUCUGCCUGCUCUGCACGCUGACCAGCCUGCUCGCCUUCUUUGUCUUCCUCACGCACUGCCCUAACGUGCCUGUGGCGGGCGUGACGACCGGCUACAACGGCAGCCUCCAGCCCGAAGGCCACCUGAACCUGACGGCCGCCUGCAACGCCCACUGCAGCUGCCCGCCGGAGGUCUACAGCCCCGUGUGUGACUCGAGCAACACCAUGUACUACUCUCCCUGCCACGCGGGGUGCCAGCAGGCCGACCCGGCCGACCAGAAGGUGUACCAAGGCUGUAGCUGUGUCCCUACGAGUUUGCGCAAUGUCACUGCAGGGAAAUGCACCUCAGCUUGUCAGAGAAAGCCCCUCCUUCUGGUUCUCGUGUUCGUUGUAAUUACCUUUACGUUCCUCAGCAGCAUUCCUGCGCUGACGGCGACUCUACGGUGUGUCGGUGACCGGCAGAGGUCCUUUGCCCUAGGAAUCCAGUGGAUCGUAGUCAGGACCCUAGGCAGCAUCCCGGGACCCAUCGCCUUCGGCUGGGUGAUCGACAAGGCCUGCCUGCUGUGGCAAGACCAGUGCGGGCAGCAGGGCUCCUGCUUCGUGUACCAGAACGCAGCCAUGAGCCGCUACAUGCUCAUCGUGGGGCUCGCCUACAAGGUGCUGGGCUUCCUCUUCUUUGCCACUGCCUACUUCCUGUACAGACCUCCGUCCGGGUCCUCAGAUGGCCUGGAAGCCUCUCUACCCAGCCAGUCCUCGGCCUCAGAAAGCCCCACGGACCUCCAGCUCCAGAGCGAUGUCUGACCUCCGCCAGCUCAGGGACUCCCAGCCCUCCCGGAGCUGCAGCACCCUCCGCACUGUCUUGGGUCUUGGAAAGGCUGACCUCUCACCUAGGCCACAGUACUGGGGACCUGUGGGAGACCUUGCACUGGACUCUGGGGCCUGCAGAGCCACCCCAAGGUGCAGCUGAGCCAGGGGUUGUAGGGGUCAGAGGCUCAAGGCACUGAGAAAUCACACCAGGCAUUUUUGAAAUGGAUACGCCCCUCCCAGCCCCAGCACCUCUGAGGAUCUGUCCUGUCCCGAGGGCUGCCUGCCUGACCUGACUUCCCCUGUCGCUUCUAAAUCGCCAGUACUGCAAGAGAGAGAGAGAGAGACAGACACAGAACGUGUUUAUACCCGAUCAUGCAGUGUGUGUCGGGCAAACUUGAGCGAGACCUGUGACUCUUACCUGGCAGGUGCCAGUCUGUCCUGGGACAGUAUGUUUCCGUGUCCUCAGUCAAGGUUGUCCGUGUGUAAAUAUAUUUUAAUAUUUAAAGCUCA